CUUGGCGUUUCUACGUUCCGGGUAGAAAAUCAGCUGUGAUAAGUGUAGUUUGUUAUUUUGUUCGGCUUUAAGCCUGAGAAUAGUAUAGUUGAUUUGACUUUCUAGUGAUAAUUCGAAAAUGUGGUAUACUCCAAAAUCCGAACAGAGUAAUCAGCUCGAUGUGAUUUUUAGUGAUCUAUACGUGGAAUGUCGACGAGCCGCACCAGGCGCUCAGCUGUCAUACAAUGUGCGAAAUAUACUUGAACGGCUUCCGAGAAUUGAAAGAAAAUUAAUUGUUUCCCGAAAGAAAGAAGGAUGUGCUCCUCUGUUUCUUGGGUGUAAGAAAGGUAACGUUGAAAUUGUAGAAUACCUUAUUCAAGUUUGUGAUGCCGAUGUUGAGCAACGAGGUGUUUACGAAGUUUCUGAUGAUCAUUCAGUUCAUGUAGUUACACCGCUGUGGUGCGCCGCAGUUGCAGGAAAACUAUCUGUUGUUCGCUGUUUAGUCGAGCAUGGAGCUAAUGUCAAUAGUCUUUCUGAUACUGGCUCAACCCCAGUACGAUCUGCUUGCUUCAUGACGCAUUUUGAAAUAGUGAAAUAUUUAGUUGAAAACAAUGCUGAUAUUCAGAAACCUAAUUACAAUGGUGGUACGUGUUUAAUAAAUUCUGUGCAGAGUGUUCCAUUAUGUAAAUAUCUUCUAAAGCACGGGGCUGAUGUAAAUGCUCAGGAUAUUCAGUUCAAGACUGCAUUACACUAUGCUAUUCAAGAGCAUAGGUUUGAAACAACUACACUUCUUCUUGCCCAUGGAGCUAACCCACUGAUUAAGAGUAGGUAUGGCGAUGAUGCUCUUCAGACAGCUUGUUUAAAAGGUGCAAGACAAAUAUUUGAAUAUUUAAUUAAGCACGGAGGCUAUUCUCACGAACGUAUUGCCGAUGCAUACGAACUUAUGGGCACAACCUUUAUUGAUGACCACAAUGACACACAGAAUGCUCUGUAUUACUGGCGUAAAGGAUUUGAAUAUCGACAGUAUCACCGUCUCCCAAAUCCACAGCCACAGUCUGUUGUGGGAAAGCCUUCUUAUAUGGUUGAAGUACAGUUCCAGACUUUGGAAGAUUAUGAAAAUCUUGUACUAGAUGUGGAUGCCCGACGAAUGCAGUCACUUGUAAUAUGUGAAAGAAUUUUAGGAUUGUCUCAUAAAGAUUUAAUUUUUCGUAUAAUGCAUCGUGGUGCUGCUUAUGCUGAUAGUCUCAAAUAUCAGCGGUGCAUAGACCUUUGGCGAUAUGCUUUGGAGUUAAGGAUCCAGAAGGACAGUCUUUUGCAUCCAGAAACUUGUUUUGCAUCUCAAGCUUUGGUUCAGUUGUUACUUGAUUUGUAUGAAAAACAUGAAGUUGGUAUCUUGAGGGAAGAGCUGCAGUACUGGGACGUCAUUCAGACGGUCAAGUUGCUUUUCUCACAGUUUGACAACACUAUGAAACUUUUAAGUAUAAGACCUGUCUUUAAACGGCAGCAAGAUGGAUUUGACAAAAUCCUGAAAAUCAUCACUCAUUUGUUUUACAUUCUUCAUGUAAUUCCAAAAACUGAAGAACAAGAUAUGGAGAUGAAAAAAGUUAUCUGUGGAAUACUUAGAAUGAACCCUUGUAAUUCUGCAGGUGAUAGCCUUCUUCAUUUAGUAGUUUCUAAGUCAAAUACCUUUAGAUCAAAUAGUUUCUUUGAAGAGCCACAUACUACUUCUCUAUUUCCUAGUCCUAGUGUUGCUCACUUACUUUUAGAAUGUGGUGCUAAUGUUGAGGCUACAAAUCAAAACAUGAGUACACCACUCCAUUUCGCUUCACUUCGUGUCAAUUUCAACCCUCAAGUUAUUGGUGUUUUGUUGAAACAUGGAGCCCACUUAGACCACAGAAACAGCAAUGGUAACCAGCCAUACAGAAUGUUAGCAGGAAAUUCAGAAGCCACAAUUAGCCCACUUCAGUAUAUCAAUCUCAAGUGUUUAGCAGCACGAAAAAUUAUAGAGAAAAGAAUUCCAUUUGUGGGGCGAGUACCAGUUACACUUGAAAGUUUUAUAGAAAUUCACUGAAUAAUGAAUUUUAGUUAGAUAGUGAAUUGUACACAUAUCUUUGUAUAUCUUUGCAUGUUGAACAUGUUAUAUCUUUAACCCUUAAAAGACCAAGUGGUGGUUUGUGGAUACUUCCUUCUCAGUUUUCCUUAUUUUUUUAGCAUUGGUUUUUUCAGAUUUUUGUGUGUUUAUCAGUCUAUUAUGUUUUGCCUAGUGU